CAGAAUUUUAUCUCCUGACCGUCAUGUGCUACGACCGCUACGUGUUCAUCUGCAAACCCCUGCACUACAGGACCCUCCUGGGCAGCAGAGCUUGUGCCCACAUGGCAGCAGCUGCCUGGGCCAGUGCCUUUCUCCAUGCUCUCAUGCACACAGCCAAUACAUUUUCCCUGCCCCUGUGCCAUGGCAAUGCCCUGGGGCAGUUCUACUGUGAAAUACCCCAGAUCCUCAAACUCUCCUGCUCCCACUCUGACCUCCGGGAAUUGGGGUUUCUUUCUGUCAGUGCCUCUUUAUCAUUGUGUUGUUUUGUGUUCAUUGUUUUUUCCUAUGUGCAGAUCUUCAGGGCUGUGCUGAGAAUCCCCUCUGAGCAGGGACGGCACAAAGCCUUUUCCACCUGCCUCCCUCACCUGGCUGUGGUCUCCCUGUUCGUCAGCACUGGCAUAUUUGCCAUCCUCAAGUCCCCAUCCAACUCGUCGCCAUCCCUGGAUCUGGUCCUGUCAGUUCUGUACUCGGUGGUGCCUCCAGUCCUGAACCCCCUCAUCUACAGCCUGAGGAACCAGGAGCUAAAGGCAGAAGUGUGGGGACUGAUCACUGGAUGGUUACAGAAACAUUAA